AUGGCGUCGACGGUAACGCCGACGCAAUGCUCUGAAGCCAGCUCUCCUGUCCGUUUCGACUCGCCACCUCCCCCGGUUGCCACGCCCAGCUUGCGACCUGCUCCGCUUCGCAUCCCAGAGCGCAAGCCUAGGAUGUCGAUCGGCGAUGAUGAAGAUGCGGUUGCUGCAGUGGACGGCCCUGGUCAAGGCCGGGAUGCGUCGAGGUCUCGCAAUCCAUCCGAUGGCACUACUAGACGAAGGCACUUCACUCCGCCCAAGCCACGAUUCGCAGUGACGGACGUGUCUUCACAGCGUCGCCCCACGGCCUUGAAACUUGGCAAACUGGUGUCCAAGUUUGAGAUUCUUGAUGCGGUGAACAAUGCCAACGCCGACUCGUCUCGAAUUCCGCGCCCUUCCCAGAGCCACGUCUUUGUUCGGACUGGCUUCCACCGACCCCCUGAUGUCUCUCAAAGAGCGAAGCAACAAUCCACGUCAUCGGGGGAGAAGUCGAGCACUGCUGACGACUCUUUGAACUUGACACCCCGGCAGAUGCCAGCACCCAGGGUGCCCGAGCGACGGUCGAUGCUCCCGGUUGGCACCUGCCUGAGGACUGCCACGACAGAUGAUUCCUCAGGAUCAAACGCCGAAACGCGAUCGAAUGCCUGGACUGCGAGUAGCGAUGUGUCUCCUAGGACCCAAACACCACGAGGUCGAAACGCCAAAAUGGACAAUGGUCGUGACACUUUCCUGGUGGGAAGCAAUGCAUCUCCUGUGAGCAAACAGCUUGGUUAG